GAGACGCGUGCUACUGUGUUUCCGCGUCUCUCUAAGAGUUUGGAGUCUGUCUUGGAGCCAGCCCUCUGAGUACGAACUUCAGCUACAGGGGUGUAAAUCCCAGAUCUGGAGAGCCGGGAGUCUCACAAUGACCUCGGCACCUGCCAAACCCUGCGGCCCGUGAUGACCUAUAGCACACUUAAUAUACUCCUGCUGUCUACCCUGCGUGCACGUGCCCUUGCUGUUUACCCCGCUUAACGUGCCCCUUGCUGUCUACCCGCUUGCCGGAUUCCCUAUGGUGUACUCACUGAAUGCGGGCUGACUGUAAAUUCUGUCGCAUGUGCCCCUGUUGAGUGUCCAGCGUGGACACGGUGCUGCCGUGUGACCUCAGUGGACGUGCCAGCUCCUGGGCGUGAGGCGUCUGCAGGUGUGUCAGCUUGGAAGCGGGUGGAACCACAAGCGCAGUGACUUUGCCCCUGCAGCUUCUGCUUCCAUCGGGCGGGUUGGCAUCGCCCAGAUAACCAGAGAACCCGGGCUUAGCAGCACCUCUCUCUUCCCGACGCGGACUUGCUCAUAGCACCAAGCCAUGAGGAACACCAGCAAGGAGGUGCAGAGCACCUCUUACCGCUAUGCUCCCUGCGACUGGUAUUACCACCUACCUGUGAAGCGCUCUGAGAAGCCCGUGGGUGCCCCACCAGCAUCCCAGAUCCCAGGGCUCAGUGACUUGAGAGACUCCCCAAAUGUGAAUUUGCCCCGUGCUCGGAGAUACUGGAUCAAAGAAACAGACUCGGAAUAUGUGAAAUUGGCUAAGCAAGGUGGCAGACCUGAUUUGCUGAAGCACUUUGCCCCUGGAACCAGGCAAGGCUCCCCAGUAGCCUACUCUCUGCCAGACUGGUAUAUUCACCACAGCAAACCUCCAACAUCUCACCAGCGAGAAGUCCCUGUGGUCUCCAUUCCAGAUUACAUGGUGUAUGAAGAAUUCAACCCCGACCAGGCCAAUGGUAGCUAUGAGUCCAGACAAGGCCCCUUUGACUUUGACAGGAAAACAAUUUGGCAAAGAGAGGCUGAGGAACUUGAAAAUGCGAAGAGAAAGGUGAAACUGCCAGCUAUUAAUUCCAAGAACCCCAGCAAAGCAGGAACCCCAGUUAGCCACAAAGACCCUGAAAGGAGCAGACUGUCGUUGCCUCCUAUGCCUGGUCAAAAAACCAGUUCACCCACCAACUUUUCCAAACUUAUCAGCAAUGGCUACAAGGAUGAGUGGUUACAGCAACAGAAGGCUGAUACUGACAGGAGGACUCCAAAGACCUCCAGGGAAUCCGUGUCCACCCAGUCUACACAGGACUCUAAAAGCAACCAGGACACAGAGACGCCCGAAAAUCCAGAGACCCCUGAAGGCCCUGAGAAGACUCCAGAUGCAGAAGCUUCCCCAUCAGAAUCAACGCCAGCGGAGCUCAAGUAACCCCGGAUGUGCUAUCUAGGACAACCUUUUAAGUUGCUAUCUGCAGCAUGACAACGGGCAGCUAUAUUUACAGGCUCCCGUUCUGUUUUAUUAACGUAGAGUCUUAUGGAACAACUUGACUUGAGUGUAGUUGAGAUCACCAUAGCAAACACAGGGUAAGUGUGGGCUUUUGUUUCUUACAUUCCUCUGGGGGGGCCUUGCUGGCCUGGUGACCUCUGGGACCAAAGUCUUCCUGGAGCUGACCUCUAAUAUCCUGUCCAUGGUGCGGACUGUUGGUAGAAGACUCUGAAAGGGAAGAAAUUGACAAGCUGCAGCUUUUUCCUGCAUUUAGUCCCAUAAUCUUUGUAGAAACAAUUUCCCAUUACACAGAAAUGACUAAUUUCAGAUUGUCAUGGUAUAAUUUGCUGUAACAAUAUUGUAUUAUGCCUUGAAGUUUUAAGCAUUUCAUAUAAAAUAUUAUAAUGUUAGUUUGUACUUUUUGCUAAUAGUUUGAGCACAAAUUGAAGCCCAGAAAUACUGAAAGUUUAUUAUUUUAUAUCCUUUAGGUAAAAAUAUAUAUUAUAUACAUAUAUGUAAUCUCAAUUAGGCAAGUUUAAUAGACUUCACAACAAUAUUUUAAUAAUCAGACAGAAUGCUCUUGUUUUAUAAAUUUCAUUGUUGUUUCUACAUUAGCAAUUAACAUUAAAAUAUAUUUUAUAUUCUAGUCAUUAAUAGAACAGCAAUCUUAUCAGGAAAAGUUUCUAGAAAGUCAAAUAGGGUCAGUAGUUUAGUGUCAUUCCUGGAAUUAACUUAUCAUGCAUUUGCUUAGUUAAAGUCAAAAUUUCAUAUUGGUUCUUUAACUGAAAUACUUAAUUGAACACUUACAUCUCUAUUGCUUUAACAGAAGGAUACUACUGCGGGAAAAUAUAUGUAAUAUGUAAAAAUAUGAAUGACUAUAUAUAUUCAAUAAAAAUAAUGUACCACUGUCA